UAUUUUCAAUAUAAAUCAUGUUUUUUUUUUUAGUCCAUUAUGCAAAUUUAUGAAUAUCAGAAUAUUUAUUUCUGAUGUAUCAAUAGAAAUCAUACAAUACAAUAGAUAGGAUUUUACCAAAUGUAAAAACGCAUUAUGAUUUUUAUAGUAUAUAGAAUAUAUGAUGAAAGGCAAGAAUGACGUUUGCGCUGGUUGACGCACUUUUAUAAAUGACAUAUAGUUUUAGCGCGCUUUUAUGAUACGGAUUGAGUAACUCGAGUAUUUUAAUGUGUUGCUGCGUGUGUGUAGCAUCUUCAUAAACUUGCAUGUAACAAACGAUAAAAUAGCUAAUCAUUUUCCUGUUUUUCGAAGAAAAAUUUACAUAAAAUGAGAGAUGAUUAAGCUUGCCAAGUUGUAUCAUAGAAGCGCGCUAAAACCGCUUAAGUAUGCUUUAUGAUAAUUAUAAUCUCAUCACACAAGAAGAUACGAUCAGUUAAUCUUAAAUUAAACAAAUCCGAUAGCAUUUAUAUGUAAAUGAUCAAUUCCUUGAAAAUUUGAAUCAUUCUUAUUCUGAAAACAAAUCUACUUGCGUUCCUACAUAUGGAUAUUUAUGAUGUUUUUGAAACGUUGUCUCUUAUCUAUGCAAAUGAAAAAAAAAAUCUUAAUAAUUUAUUAUUAUUAUCGCAAACGGAAUAAGAAAUAUAUUCAAUAAUAAUCGGUUAUUAUAUCAAGAAAUUUUCACAAUUAAUCGCCGGAUUAAAUCACAUCGUAAUACACACAUAUUCAAUAUCAUCGUGCUCUUCAUCGCCUCGUAUUAUAUAAUAAAAAUAUAUUUUUGACAACUGGCAAGACUCGUUCUGGUGAUGGAAAAAAACUCGCAGCGAAUUCGCGCAUCACAGUUAACUUGAUCGUCAGUCAGUCGUGUUUGCUGAUGUAUUUAAAACUUCUCUCUCUUUUCGCCCUCCCUCUCUCUUCUUUCUCUCUCCCUUCUCUCUCCCCGUGAUUUCUUAACGUACGGCAGUUCGGGAACGUGCACCGUGUCCCCGCAAGGAGAAUCCACCAGGCGAUGUCAGACGAACAAUUUCUCCUCCGAGCGGACCGUCUGUUUGGGUGGGGAAAAUCGAUAGGAAAAGGCGAGUUCAAAACGCGAGGGAGAGUACACAUCACGACGGGUCAUUAACGUUCUCUCCGCGUGCUAACAGUGACGUUUCCGCGGAUAGUCGGCGGUAAUAAAACGACGACAACAAGACGAGAAUGUCGCAACGGCGGAAGUGUCGCGAAGGUCUCGUCGCGUUUCGAUGAGGGAAGUAUUCGUGGACUGGCCGGUCAAGUAUUCGGUCACAUGACGUACGGUAACAGCUGUGGUGCGCGAUAUCGUGCGGUAAAAUGUUGAGGGUGUUCGUCGUCGAUUCUUGACGACGAACGAGGGACGAGGGGAACAGGUCCGAGUGCCGUGUCCGCGCUGAAAAAUGACCGCCCAUCGGCGGUUGGUGCACGUCCUGUGCAUGUGGCUGCUCUGUCUGUCACUGCAGCCGGACUACGCGCACUCCACGCACAUCACCGGUACAUUCAAGGCGACAGAGUUCUUCCGUUUCCUCAUAAAGUUCGGCUUCCAGAAGACCGACCGUCAUCGGCAAAAAGACUCGUACGGUUAUAUAUUCGGCAAUGUGACCGCGACAUCGGACUUCGACGUACCGAUCACCCUGGCGAUAUUGGAUCGCGGUCAUUUCCUCGAGUAUUACGGUAAUCGCACGCUGAUGGACAAGAGCACCGCGUGCACCUACAUGUUCAAUACGUUGAAAAAGAGUUCCUACGAUCCGCACUGCAACGAGGAAGGUCAAGAUUUCCUGAGGCGAGUCCCGUGUCCUCGAGAUAAAUUGUGUCCGGACGAAGACUCUGUAUGGAAUAUUGUAAAGGGACAUCAAUUCACAUAUGUCAUACAGGAUUUCUGGCAACCACGAUUUUGGUAUAUGAGCCUGGUUGCAUGCUACAGAAACAGAACAACCUGUCAGUGGGAGCAUUAUAGCAAAGAUGAUGAGUUAAAAUAUGAUAUCUGGCUAGUAAAUGGCAAUCCGAACAUCAGUGGCCUAAACAGUUUGACUUAUCAGUUCUCCUAUGACAGACAGGAUACUAUGGAGCUAUACUUAUUGUUUUUUCUGUGUUACAUCAUAUUAGUGCCACUGCAGUUGUAUGCAGUAAGAUUGCAAAAGCAUCCUGUAACAAGAUUGUUCACUGCUAGUUUAUUAUUAGAAUUUGUGGCAAUAUGUUUAAUCUUGAUACACGUAUUGAAAUUUGCACUAGAUGGAGUGGGCUAUGAGCAAUUAGAAGUUGCAGGUGAUAUUUUUGAUAUCCUAUCACGGACGUCAUUUAUGUUAUUAUUGCUCUUACUUGCCAAAGGAUGGGCAGUAACGAGAAUGGAAUUAACAUGGAAACCAUUGGUGUUUGCGAUAUGGUUUUGUUAUGGGGUUGUUCACAUCUUGUUAUAUGUAUGGAAUAUGACGGAAGUUGACAUUAUUGAAGACAUAGACGAAUAUCAAACCUGGCCAGGAUGGUUCAUAUUGUUAUUCCGAAGUGCCAUAAUGGUAUGGUUUCUGUAUGAACUUAGAAACACCAUGACAUACGAGCAUAAUACUCAAAAAUUGAAUUUUCUCCUUCAUUUUGGUGCAUCAUCAUUAGUUUGGUUCAUAUAUUUACCCAUUAUAGCACUUAUAGCGCUUCAAGUGAGCGCGCUGUGGAGGUUUAAACUAUUAUUAGGCAUAACAUACUCAGCAGACUGUUUUGCUUAUUGUGUAAUGGCUCAUUUAUUAUGGCCCACCAGAAGUGAACAGUACUUUCUACUUGCGCAAGGUGCGGACAACGGUGAUGAACUGGAUGAAUUUAACGAAGCGCCGCAUGUAUUAAAUAAUUAUGUAGAACCGCCAGAACUCAGUAAAAUAAUCACUUAAUACUCGUCCAUUGAAGGUAUAAUAUUAAACAAUGAUAAACACGAAGUUUCUAAUUACGAAUGAUGUGAUGUACAUUUGCCAAAUGGUCAGUUUAAUAGAAUGGAUAAUAUUCUAAUAUGUGCUAUUGAACUGUGAGAUAUUGUACACAUCUUAUAAUUAGAAGUAUAGCGAUCCUCAAAUUCGGCUAUGUGAUAUGAAGUUAAUAAAUAAUACAGCUGGUGAGUAACUGAUGAGUAUGAUAUGAGUAUAUGUUACUAUCACAAUUUUCAAUUUUAUAUAUGGGAAACCAAGUAAAGCAUGAAUUUUAUUCUUAGCAAUUUUGUAUAUAUGUAUAAAGAAAAAAAAAUUAAAUAUUAAAUAUUUACUCAUUUGAAGAAUGAUAUAUUAAUAUGCAUCUAAUCUUGAUAAUAUUGAUGUAUAUUCUUACAUUAUGUUGCUGACAUUUACAAGCAGAUAACAAACUGAUUUAUAUAUAUAUAUAUAAUUACAUAGAAUGUAAAAUUUAUUAUAUAUAAUAAUACAUUGUCUUCGAAACUUAUCGUGCGAGUGUUUUCUCCAAAUAGCAAUUUUACUUACUCAUAUCAUAUUCAAAAUCUUGAACUUUAAACAUAAUUCAUUUUCCAGCCUUUCUAUAUAAUUUCGGUUAUAUAAAGAAUCCUACAAUACAUUAUAUUGUAUAUAUAAAAAAUUAUUGAAAAUUGAAUUUUAUAGUAAGGUAUAUACAUUUUUAUAUCAUUGUUUAAUUCUUCAUUACUUGUCAUUAUCUUGUAAUUAUUCCAUGUCUACUCUAUACGAACAAUAUUACAAUGUGUGCUUGAACAAGAAUGAUGGUAAAUAAAACUUAUAUAAUUUUCAUAACAUUUUGAUUGUAGUUAAGUGGUUUAAAAGUUGAACACAUAAUUAUAAUGUAUAUGUAUAAAAAGUUAUAUUGAUUUAUGUAUUAUUAGUAGAGUGCAAUCUGUACAAGAUAUUCUAAAAUUAUCAUGUUCUUUUAAGUAUAGACUUUUUGGCCAAUGCAUGUUACCAAUUUGAAUAAUUAAUGAUUGAAAUUGGACAGAUAAUGAAAUUAUUUUCUUCAGGACUAUAGUAGAAUUUGAAAUUUAGAUAAAAAUAACUUAAAAUAUUAAAAAUUGGGAAGAUAAAACAAAUGAUGACUUCUGUCGACGUUUCAAUUGAGGAAAAAUCUUUUGUAAAUUGACCAAAGAAACUAUAGUUAAAAACUGAUAUUAUUAGAACAUUUUUGUAUACCAAAAUUUUUAUAUAUCCACUCUUAUUCAAUGUAAUUUUAUAGAGAGUGUUUAGUUUUUAUCUUUUUUUCAAAAUUUCAUUGUCAAUGCAGUUAUUAGUUGCAUACUUUUCAAAUAUAAUAAUAUUAUAUAUCAAAAUACAAAAGUAUUUAUAUAUAAAUUAUUUCUGAUUUUAUUCAAGUAAUUCAAUGUUGCAUUAGUCUCGAGAGAGAAUAUUAAUUAUUGUAUUUGUUUGAAAAGAUCGGAUAUAUAAAUUUAUGCUAGUUACAAACACGUUUUUCUGUCAUACCAUUAUUGUGCUCAAUCUUGUAACUUAGGUAUAUGUACACUCUUUUGAGAAUAUUUUAAUGCUCAGCAUAUAUAUAUGUAUAUGGGAUUAUGCGAUCGGUAAAAUCCUUAUGUGUGAUAUUUAUAUUUCUGAUAUCCACACUAAAUGAAAGCAAUUUUAGUAUAAACUAUAUUCUUGACUUCUUUAGUUGUCUUCUUUAAUGUAUGCAUGUGUAUGUGUGUGUGAUAAUAUAUUAUAAAAUAUAUUAUUUGGCAAA